AUGGACAUACAAAAAAAAAGAGCUGAUAUGAAGCGAUCCUGCUCAGACUACUUUCUCAGAGGUCAUCAAGUUUCCAGGAAAACAUUUUUGUUUCUUCACUGCAUAUCGAAAAAAAGAGACUUUUCAACCUGAAAUGUCACUUAAAUAAUGGUUGUCCCCGAUGUCCACGGAAAAACAAAAUCCUUGCCACACAACAGAACUCUGCACUCUUCUCUGCAACAUGUUGUCAGCUUCAUAGAAAAUUACUCUCAAAGAGAAGGCCUGACAUUGCCAGGUAGAGUUAUGGGCUACAAGAGCUUUCGGAUCAAGCUUCUUCCAAUCUCCACCACAAAAGCAGAGUUAUGGAGAUCUCCUAAAGAAGCCACUGGAGCGGAGGAUAGACAGUUCUUGAAUACACCAAAUUUGUCCAAACAUGGAACCAAUUUCUUACACUCGUCAAAAUAAUGCAGCCAUCCACUGAUCUUUGCCAUACCUGACAGGAUAAUACAGGGAAAAUAUCGGGGCAUGCUAAAACUUCAGAAGAGGACAAAAUUGCAGCCGUAGAUGGUCAUUCAGAUCACCUAAAGAAAGCAAAACACAAACGAAAUAUCUAUAAUUAAGCAGUUGAUGACAGCAAAGAUUUUCUCAUGGGCCCUUCAAUGGUUUCACUUCUCUCCCCCAGUGGAUCUUGCUGUUUGCAAGAACCAUGCUUUAUACCCAUGAUUACACCCUGCAAGGGUACUACCUGACCAAUCCUCAACAACUGGGUCCCAUUUACUUCAAAACACCAAAUAAAUGUGGUAUAUUUGGCAUUUGCUGUGAAUCGAUACCAUGGCAGAUUAAAUAUUUCAUUGAUGAAUCAGUUGCGACUGGAAAAGGAGCAAAUUCUACGAUCAGCUACGUUCAUGAUUUGCUUGAAAAGCAUGGAGCCCGAAAAACAAAUGUCCACAUCCAUGCAGACAAUUGUGGUAGCCAGAACAAAAAUAACUGUCACUGGUAUUGGUGCUGGCAUGUAAUUCAUGGUAUUCUUUCCUCCUCGCCAAAUUUAUCCCGGACUGGUGCUUUGGCCUCUUGAAGCAAAAGUUAUGAAGAACAUUCACAUCUGCUUUGUUUGACAUCCUUGAGGCCAACAACAAGUCAAACCUAAGUGGCAUGAAUUGUGGUAAGCUGGUUGGUCUACAUCAUGCAACUGUACUUGUCAAAACACAUGUUUUGGCCAGCUUUCUUUCUCCCUAUUUCAAAAAAUUAACAGGGAUCAGCAAACUUCAUCACUUUAGUUUGACCAAAAAUGAUGCCGUGAAAGUGUUUUACAAGGAAUAAGAAGAUUCACCAAAGAAAGAAUUAUUUCAGUGGUUGAAAGAUGUUAGCAAAUUACCCCUCGUGUUCUUCUUCCACAGGUCUUACCCAGUGGUCUUGAUGAAGAGCAGAGAGGAUAUCUCCAACAAGAAAAUAUGAGAGUAUUGUCAACC